AUGGAGAUUGAUCGCAAUGUGCAAAUUGUUGCAGAGCAAAGCGCAAAGAGCACAUCGGUGACUGCAGAGGAUGGCAGCGGUAGUAUGUGGAGGUCACGGGUCAACGGCCUGCAGGCGAUACCUGCACGCCGCGCCGAGCCGCUUCCUGCAGCGCGUGCAAACGGCCCAAGGGGGCGCAAACAUCUCGCUGUGCACGGCAAUGUUAUCCUCUACCACACGGUCGUGUUUGUCGUCCAGCACGUGGAGAACUUUGAGUAUGAGUUCUGGGAGUUGAAGCACUUAAAAUUCGCCGGGAAAGUCCUCAUCGUGAAUAUGUCCUCGAGCGAAGAGAUCUCCGUGUACAAAAAGUGCUACUAUUGUGGAGUUUAUGCUGGUUUUCUAGAUGCUAUCGAAUUUAAACACAGUAAUCAACCGAAUGCGUCUAUUUGUUUGCAGUUGUUAGUUGAGCAAACCAAUGCGAAAAUUUCCAGUAGACUUCUGGGCCGUUAUUACAGUCCGUUUAUUUUGUUAACGCUGCUGUUUAUAACGUGCAUUGUGCUCGGCACGUCGUACAAGUCAAUGUUGUCGUCGAUUCUCACGAGACCUCCGCAUUCGGAGCCUUACAAUGGUGACCAGCUGGUGGCAAAUGGGUAUAAGAUUGUUGUCAACAAGCGUUCAAAAUUAAAACUCUUCACGGAGAUGUUUUCGGAAACUGAUGGGUUUCUUCUGGAACAUGUCAAUCGUUUGGGCAUUCCCGUAAGUGGUAUAUGCAAUCAAAUUGAAUACAUCGCUCAGCACAAUGCCGCCAUUAUGGACGAAAAAAGCAUACUGCAGUACAAAACCCUUCACAAGUGCAUCGACAUGUUUGAUGCCGGCGGAUACAAUUCGGAUAAGCUGCGGAUUACGAUCGAACCGAUCCGCUCUGCGCCACAUGCGUGGGCCCUCACUCCGGCGACGCCGUUCUGGAAAGCGAUCGAUAUUAUGAUUGGAUAUUUGCAAAACGGUGGUUUCUUAAUUAAGUGGACACAAGAUUCUCUGCUGGAAAUUGGCACACGUAGGAAGAUUGCCUACAGCAAAAACAAUAUGAUCGAACAGAAAGAGUCUGAUAUUGUUCGAUAUGGCUGCAGUUUUUUGCUUUAUAUUGUUGGGAAUUUUAUUGCGAGCAUAAUAUUUAUCAUAGAAGUUUUUAUCAGUAAAUACAAACCUUUAAAUCUUGAAAUUUAAAACAAUAUAUUGUUAAUGAUAAGUAUAUUUUUUAGAACACUAAAAAUAUUACUCGAUAUAUGACUUAAUACAAUUAACUUUUGUUUCUGCAAUCAGCAGCCUACACAUUAUUUUAUCACAUAUUAUGACGAACAUAAAUCGAUAUUACAAUGAUGAAACAAUCAAAUAAUAUGUGUAUUGUAUAAAUCGUGCGUAAAUGCAUCACUUUACGCAAAACAUGACGACAUUUCGUGAUAAUAUUGCGUGUGUCUGACCUUUUCGAAGCACCUGCCCAUCCGAAAAUGCAAACAAUGAGUAAACAAUUUAUUAUUAUGAUUAAUUGAUUGAAUCUCGACGCCAUCAGCGUCAUGC